AUGGCACAUCAAACACACGCAUAUCACAUAGUUGACCCAAGCCCAUGACCCCUGACCGGCGCAAUUGCAGCCCUUCUAAUAACAUCUGGCCUCGCAAUUUGAUUCCACUUUGGUUCCACCUCCCUUAUAACCUUAGGAUCUAUACUACUUCCACUAACAAUAUAUCAAUGAUGACGAGAUAUCGUACGAGAAGGCACAUUUCAAGGCCACCACACACCCCCCGUCCAAAAAGGAUUACGAUAUGGAAUAAUUCUAUUCAUUACAUCGGAAGUCUUCUUUUUCCUCGGAUUCUUCUGAGCCUUCUACCACUCUAGCCUUGCCCCAACCCCAGAACUAGGAGGAUGCUGACCACCAACUGGAAUUACACCCCUAGACCCAUUUGAAGUCCCCUUACUAAACACCGCCGUACUUCUAGCCUCUGGGGUCACAGUUACAUGAGCACACCACAGCCUAAUAGAAGGGGCACGAAAACAGAUAAUUCAAGCCCUCACCCUCACCAUCAUUUUAGGAUUCUACUUUACCAUACUUCAAGCGAUAGAAUAUUAUGAAGCCCCAUUUACAAUUGCCGACGGAGUCUAUGGCUCAACAUUCUUCGUCGCCACAGGCUUUCACGGACUACACGUAAUUAUUGGAUCCCUCUUCCUUUUAGUCUGCCUCCUACGACAAAUCCAAUACCACUUUACCCCCGAACAUCACUUCGGAUUUGAAGCUGCUGCCUGAUAUUGACACUUCGUUGACGUAGUCUGACUGUUCCUAUAUGUCUCUAUUUACUGAUGAGGCUCAUA